CGCACUACUACGUUGACAACAUGGCGUCGUCGGAUGUCCACGUCCGAAUAUGUGAGCAAGAAAUCCUGAAAUAUGAUCUGGAAAUCAAGGCUCUCAUCCAGGAUAUCACAGAGUGCACUGGGCCUCAAAGCAAGCUGACAGAAAUAAAUGCAGAAGUGAAAAAGAGUUUCCACAACCUCAGACUUCGCAUUCAGGACUUGGAUCAGAUGGCCAUGGAGCAGGACAAAGAGUCGGAGAAGCAGAACCUGGUCAGUCGUAUAGAAGGACACAAAAAACAGAUGCAAAGUAACCAGACUGCCUGGAGAAAAGCCAACCUGGCCAGCAAACUGUCCAUCGACAACAUGGAGAAGCAGGAACUUCUUAAAGGAGCCGAUAGCGCUGUGAGACAGAGGAAGAUGACCAAAGAGGACUUGGCCCAGACCUCCAGUAGCAUCACAGAAAAUCUCAUGAGCAUCAGCAGAAUGAUGGCCCAGCAGGUCCAGCAGAGCGAGGAGACCAUCACGUCUCUCGCGACUUCCUCACGGACGGUCCAGGAGACGAAUGACGAGUUUAAGACCAUGGCAGGGACCAUCCAGCUCGGGAGGAAGCUCAUCACCAAGUACAACCGCAGGGAGCUCACCGACAAGCUGCUCAUCUUCCUGGCCCUGGCUCUGUUCCUCGCCACGGUGCUGUACAUCCUGAAGAAGAGACUCUUCCCCUUCCUGUAG